ACACUCCCAUUGCCCUAAGAAAACAAACCUAAUCUCUCACUUUUCCACCCCUUCCUUCCCUCUCCCUCCUCUCCCUCCUCUCCCUCCUCACUCUUCCCCAGGUCUUCUCACAGCCCUCUCCUCUCUUCUCCUCCACUAAUCUAAGACUCUUAGUAUGGGCCAAGAUGUGAUGACCCUCCCGUUCAAACGGACUCCCAUCAGAAACGCCGUUACGCCAAACCCCCGUUAAGUCACGUGCUUCUUCUGAGCCUUUUGACGCUGAGCCAGUCCCGUGCCCGUCCCUGCUUGUGUCGUGCCUAUGGCGCAUGAGACUUUAAGCCCAACAGCAGCAGCAGCGGCGCCCGCCGAUGCACAGCCCAACGCAACGCCUCUCUCGAACGGCCUCGACGGUGCCGAUGACGCCAAUAGACCACCGAGGCUCCCUCGGUGGACGAGACAGGAGAUACUGGUCCUUAUUCAAGGCAAGAAGGUGGCGGAGAACCGGGUUCGUAGGGGUCGGGCCAGCGGUUCGGCGCUCGGGUCCAACCUACUGGAGCCUAAGUGGGCUUCCGUGUCGUCCUACUGCAAACGACACGGCGUGAAUCGGGGACCAGUCCAGUGCCGGAAACGGUGGAGUAAUCUCGCCGGAGAUUACAAGAAGAUAAAGGAGUGGGAAUCGCAGAUUAAAGACGAGUCGGAAUCGUUCUGGGUCAUGAGGAAUGAUCUGAGGAGAGAGAGGAAAUUGCCUGGAUUCUUUGAUAGGGAGGUUUACGAUAUCUUGGACGGAAGGAGUGAGACUGAUCCGGCGACGGUGACUGCCGAUGUGAAGGACGAAGUGUUGGCAGUAGCGGCGGUGGAGGAAGAGGAGGCCGUCUUCGACAGCGGCCGGAGCGCUGCGGCGGAAGAUGGUCUAUUUUCGGAUUUUGAUCAGUCGGGGCAAGACGAGGCUGGUGGGAGCCCUGAGAAAGAAACUGUGGCGACAGGUAGCCCUACGACGACUGUCCCGGCUCCGUUGCCGAUUUCGGAGAAGCAGUACCAGCCAUUUUGCAAAGGAUAUUUAGAUCAAGGUGCAACAAAUGAAAAACAACCUACUGUGAAUCCUGAGAAAGGGUCUACGUCUCAAGAAGGACGAAAGCGGAGGCGGUUAUCAACUGAUGUUGGCAGUGAAGCCACUCUGCCAGACCAAUUGAUCGAGGUCCUAGAGAGGAACAGUAAAAUGCUAGCAUCACAACUUGAGGUUCAGAACAUGAAUUGCCAAUUAGACAGAGACCAGCGGAAGGACCAUGCUGACAGUUUAGUUUCAGUUCUUAGCAAACUUGCAGAUGCUUUAGGAAGGAUUGCUGAUAAGUUAUAAUGGAGGGCUGUAGGGUAUGGUGUACAUAAGACAGAUGCUCACAUGAGCUCCGUGGAUUGCAGUGUAGGCUGAGGAUUUGGAGGAUUACCAGCGAGAUUUAUCACAUGCAAGCAUUUGAAUUGGCCUUUCAUAAGAUAUCAUUGUAAAAUUCCUUUCCCAGCCAUCCCCCCUUUUUUAUUUCAUACAAAAAUAAUAAAACCAUAGGAAUUUUAUAGGGGAUAAUUGCAGGCCUUUCUUUUUUUACAUAUUUAGAGAUUUAUGGGGUCUUAUAAUAUUUUUAAUGUUUGUAUAUUUGAUUGAUUCUAAUAAGUUAUUGGUGCACAUAUUGGUCCUUUGGUCCUUCA